UUUAGUAAUCCCUGAAGCCCCUCACCUCCCAGCCCGGCCCCCUCAGGCCCCGCCCCGCCUCUCGCUCUGCCCUAUAACCUUCAACCUCGGGACCCUGCUGUGAGCUUCCUGCUGACCCCACCCCAGCUCCUUCUCUCCGACCCCUGACCCCAUGUAGGCUUCCAGGCCCUGACAACCCAUUCAUUUCCGGGUCGCUGCUCCCCCGGAAAUCGGUGGGGGUGGGGAUGGGGUCUCCCGAGACCCCCCAUUUCAGGCCUUGUCCUCAGCUUCCCCGGCCUGGGUGUCUCCAGUUCAUGAGGAUUUGGGAAGCUGGCCUGGGCGUUGGGGAGGGGGAGGGGGCUUGACUUCGUGACAUGUGGGGCUUUGUAGCCAAAGGAAGUGCGACAUCACAGACUGCCCAGGUCCCCCAGAGCCCUGAUCCCACCCCCAGGAUUCCGGGCCCGGACCUGCCCCUAGGAGGGAGCAACUUCAUCUCUCCGAUCCCAGGCCUUUCUGCGUUAAAUGGAGGCAGAUUUUUUGAAAGGCCUGCCUGUCUACAACAAAAGCAAUUUUAGUCGAUUUCACGCCGACUCUGUGUGCAAAGCUUCGAACCGUCGUCCCUCAGUCUACCUGCCCACACGGGAGUACCCAUCUGAACAGAUCAUUGUGACAGAAAAGACAAACAUCCUUUUGCGCUACCUACAUCAGCAAUGGGACAAAAAGAACGCCGCCAAGAAGAGAGACCAGGAGCAAGUGGACCUCGAGGGUGAGAGCUCGGCGCCCCCCCGCAAGGUCGCACGGACCGACAGCCCGGACAUGCACGAGGACACUUAAGACUCUCGCUCCCCACAGGCGCCUCCUGUCUUGUCUGCUCCUCGCCCGCCCGCCUUGUGUAAGCGCCCCCCACCCUGCCCCCCACCGGCCCGCCCCCCGCCCUACAAUCCAUACCACUUCCAACCUCAUAGGAGCCGAUGUAUUUAUUUUCCUUGAGUUUUUAUUUAUGCUGUAAAAUGUACCAAGCGAUGGUUAAAGGGGACGUCAGACCCAGUAGUGCGAUGUUGGUAGAUGCUUUUUAAAAAACAUUGUUAUUCACAACCCCUCCCCCCCAGAACCCCCUUUGUGCCCCCACAAGCCCCCAGUUCUCCGGAAGAACCAGAGCGUGUCUGCAAGGGCCUAGAGCCGGGGCCCUGCUGUGGCCCGGCAGCAUGCGUGGGAGCCCUUCUCUCUGCUCCUGCUCUCCAGUCCGGGCCUUACAGACUUGGCUUGGACCUGUGUCGUGCCCAGGCUUUGCUCUGAAUGUGUGCCAGGGGGAGAAGUCGGCAUUUCCGGAUCUUUCUCUUAAGUCAUUUUAUCAUGGACUAGUGCGUGCUCCGUGUCCACCCCAAUAAAAGGAUCUUUCCUACUCGA